GUUUGCGAGAGCACCGGGCUCGUGCGAAGCCGUCAGAGACACCUGAUCCCGGGCGUUUCCUGGGCCAGCAUGUGAGGAACUUUGAUGCUUCGCCGAGAAACCAUCACCACCACCUUCACCGGGCCAGCCCCGCUGCCAGUCCGCGCAACCAACACGGGAGCCGGAAGGGCAGCAAGGAGGCGCAGGAUGCCCACGACGAAUUUUUCCAUCCAGGCAUCACCGAGCUGGAUGCCCAGCUCUUCCACGCCACUCGCCACGGUGACGUCGAGGCCGCAGAAGGCGCCCUACAGGCUGGUGCAACACCGGACUGCAGGACUCUUCGGGGCCAGACGCCGCUGAUGCUGGCGGCCACAGCAAGCCAUCACUCUUCUAGGCUUGCCAAAGCUUUGAUCCAUGCACGGGCGGAGGUCGACGCUUUCGAUGAACAGAGGCGGACCCCUUUGAUGCACGCAUGUGGGUCUCACAACAUCGCAACCGUGGACCUGCUUCUUGAAGAGAAGGCCUCCCUCCACAGUCGGUCGGCAGAUGGCAAGACCGUCCUCAUGCAGGCUUUCGUGGGCACGGAGGACAUGAAGCUUGUGAGGCAUCUAGCACACCGCCAUGCUGCCGUGGACGCAGUGGACAAGAGUGGCUGGUCUUUGCUCUUCUACGCCUGCGACCGCCUCAACCUGGAGUUAAUCCGGUGGCUCUACACCCGGUAUGCUGCUGACUUAGAGUCGCCAACACCGGACGGGACCACGGCCGCCGAACUGCUGCGAAAACAGGGGCGCCUCCUCUGA